AAUCAAUGAAAGAAAACAAAACUUAAGAGCCAUUGGUACGAUACAAACACUGGUUAAUUAAGAAAAUUUUCCACUUUUGCAAUCAAUCUCAGAUCUAUUAAUCCACAAUCUAAACACCCUCCACACCAUUUUUCCAAUUUCCCAUCAUCCUUUAUCUUCCCUGCCGCUGCUUAUUCUACUUCACGUUUGCAAAGCGGAAUAAGCUAGCUGCUUGUUGAUCGUGUUUGGGGUUAAGGUUGUGGCAUGGUACAUAUGGGGCAAGAGGAAAUAACUCUCACAUCGCCGUCACGUUCGUUCCGGCUCCGGUCUCCUAGUCUCAAUUCACUCAGGCUCCGGCGGAUCUUUGACAUGUUUGAUAAAAAUGGAGAUUGUAUGAUCACCGUUGAGGAAAUAAGCCAGGCGCUGAAUUUGUUGGGGUUGGAAGCUGAGGUUGCUGAGAUAGACUCCAUGAUAAGAUCCUACAUAAGACCCGGCAACGAGGGACUCACAUACGAUGACUUCAUGGCAUUGCACGAAUCCAUAGGCGACACAUUCUUUGGGUUCGUCGAAGAAGAGAAAGGGGAUGAAUCAGACCUCAGGGAAGCUUUCAAGGUGUUUGAUGAGGACGGCGACGGUUACAUUUCAGCAAGUGAAUUGCAAGUGGUGCUAGGGAAGCUUGGGCUCGUUGAAGGAAACGUGAUCGAUAACGUUCAGAAAAUGAUUGUCUCAGUUGACACAAACCAUGACGGCCGUGUUGAUUUCACUGAGUUUAAGGAUAUGAUGCGCACCGCCAUUGUUCGCAACUCUUGAUUAUUACUACAAGAUUUGAGUAUGUGUUGUAAUUUUGAGAUAUUCAUAUGUCUUGUAACGUAGUCUAUGUACAUUUGCAAUUAUGAUCGAAUGUUAUUUUAUAGGAUAAGUUUCCUAAUAA